CUUCAUUACCAAAACACCAGUACAAAUGCACCCCUCGGCGGUUCGGUGUCCCGAUUUGUCAGGAGUGGUGGAAUUCCACCCCAGCGGACUUCCACCGAAGCAAGCACGCAGCCGCGACCCAUCCAUAUAACCAAUACCGAGUAUAAAAACAUAGAAAUGCAUUGCCAGAAAAUACAUGUUGAUGUUGUCUGACCUCUCUCUCUAUAUCCCCUUUCAGUAUUCCUUUGGCCUUCAGCUUGACACUUCUUCUUCGCCAGUUGUACCUGCCCACGCAGAAUGACCGUCACAGAACUCGUCUUCCCAGCUUUCAAGCCCGAAUCCGCUGAAGCCGGAUUCGCUGCCCUUCUGAAUGCAGCGAAAACACUAGAUAUGAUACAAGAGAUCGUAUUCCAUGGCAUUGGGCAUGUACUAAGGAAUACGGAUGCCCAGGUAGAGAAGGAAUUGAGACCGUUUGCAUGUCUUGUUUGGGACAAUACCCAAAGCUUUCAUACAAUUUUCCCCAAUUCCUCAAUCUUCAGAGAGUUUGUGGGCCCGAUGAAAGUGUUUCUUGCCGCGCCACCCGCUCCGAGAUUAUUCGAACCUGCACCGGGGUACGGGUCCUCAGCAGAAGUCUGGAAAGAGAAGGCCUUCCACAUCUUCGUUGGAGAGUUUAAGGAGAGGAAAGAGGAAGUUGGGGAUAUGUGGAAGAACUUUAUCGAUGGCUUGAGAGGGAGUGCCCAAGGAAAAGAGAUGAAAGAAUGGAUGGGCUAUGGUAUUGAAGGAGAGGGUGGGAGGUGGCUGGGUAUAUUAGGAUUAAACAGUAUUGAGGGAGUAGAUGAGGCUAUAGUUAAAAGGCUAGGGGAGAUAGAGACCUGGAUUGUUAAAAAUGUGGAUUGCUGA